GAAAAUCCAAAUCCAAUAUGGAUGACAAGUUCACAAACGACAUCAUGGAAGAAUGGGAAAUGGAUGAUGACAUGGCAUUUGUAGAUGAUGGGCGGAAGAAGGCGGCAAUGGGUGGAAAGAGGGGUUCGGGUAGUGGAGGGCCCACACAACUGGUUUGCCAGGUGGCAAAUUGCACAACCGAUAUGACAAGAUCAAAAACAUAUCACCGAAGGCAUAAAGUAUGUGAGGUUCAUGCAAAGGCUCCGGUUGUUGUUAUUGGUGGACUUCAACAACGAUUUUGUCAGCAGUGCAGCAGGUUUCAUGACCUAACGGAAUUUGAUGAUGCAAAAAGGAGUUGUCGUAGGCGAUUGGCUGGACAUAAUGAACGAAGGCGUAAAAGCUCCUAUGAAUCUUAUGGAGAAAGUUCCGGAUGAUAAAUAAAUUUUAAAAAAAUAAUAAUAAAUAAAUAAAAACAAAGGAGAUUCUUAAAAAACUCUCCAAGGAAGCAUAAUCAAUUACCAAACUCGUUUCAAAUAAGAUGGUAACUAUAUAUUGAGUAACAUGCUCUCUCUCUUCUGUCAGUCUUAUUGGACUAUGUUAUCUUAAGGGUAUUUAUGUCUUUAUCCACUAGAGCUUUAUCUAUUUUAAA